UUUAGAAAUAAAGAAGAAAGAAACAAUGGAGAAGAUGCUUCGUUCCUCUUCCUUGAUUCCACUCUUUUGCCUCGUUCUUCUUCUCAUCUCUAACUUUCACGGAUCCGUCGAAGCGGGGAAGCGGCGGAUCGAGAUCACCGACGAUCUAGACGACGUGGAAGACAGCGAAGAAGACGAAUCGUGGAAACAGUGGGGGAGCAAAGCGGCGACGCCCGAGUUCGAUCCGCCUCCGGAUUUCUCCAACAUGGGAUUCGAUCAGAUCCAGGAGGAGAUGGCUAAACGGACUUUCGCGCCGGUCGUCGGGUUCGUCAAGCUCCGGCUAGGCGUCAAACGUACUAAGGAUAUGGUGGUGGAUAUUGCUAUGAAAUGGACGAAAGUUUUGAGAACGGGUGGGUUAGGAGUGAGAUUCAUGGCCGUGGAUCGAAGCACGGUGAUGUUCAAUAUGCAGAACGGCAAGGAAGUGACUGAGCUAAGGGAGUUCGUGUUGAGCCAAGAAGAGGCUUAUGAGGUUAAGAUAGGGAAGCAAGAGUUUCGACGACCUGGAGAUCCUCCACUUGAUGAUGUUGUUGAAAAACUUCAAGCGAAGCAGAGCAAGGGUGGUGAAGAUGGUGAUAGUGAUAACAAGAACGAUGUUGCCAAGGAUGAACUAUAGGAUUUCUGAUUCUGUAAGGAAGUUUACUGAAAGUUCAACUCUUUAGCUGAGAUAUUAGAAUACAAUAAGAAUGGAGGCUUGUUUUUUCUUUCUCAUUUAAAGCUUA